UCGUUUGGCUUCAGCAAGAAUCAAGGCUUCCUGAUGGUACCAUUACUCGGAACACCAUCUACAGUACGGUAUCUUCCCUCCAGCUUCUAUUGUUCUUAUCCCUUCAUGGCCAUAAACAGAGACAAGAGAGCUCUUUGAAAGGAUCUGAUUAUAAUACAUUAUCAUUCUGAAAGAGUGCCCACGAUCGAGAAGCAAGAUGACCAUGGAAGACCUCGAGAAGCAGUAUUCUACACAACUGGAAGAACUCCGUGCCGAACUCAAGGAACAGAUCUUGCCCGAAACUACCGAUGCGGCCGCACUGGACCAAUUCGUGUCGAGCACUGCCUUGGACGACAAGUUGGUGCAGUAUGUCAUGCUCUACGAAGCUACGCCCAAAGGAUUGGCAGAGUUUGCCUCCCAGAAUGCUGAGAAUGCAGCCAUGAUUCAAUCGCUAUUGAGCAACACGGCCUUGCUGAAAGAAAUGCUCUUGGCCGACAGUCCCAUGGCCUCGCAAAAAGGACGGGGCGCGUACAAGUGGAGUCCAGCUCUCUACGGACCAGCCAUGAAAAUCUAUAGUGACAUUUUGGAGGCCAGUGAGCAUGCCUCCAAGACGGAUACUAUUUUGGGUCGACUGGCUCUGGCCAUUGCCUUGGAACUCGCCGUUCCGUUGCCCCAAGAAAACCCCAAGACACCUCCGGACGGUGCCGAUGAAUUUGUAGAUCCUGUCCGACGCUAUCUGAAUUACGAAAUGGCGUUUCUCGACGGAGAAUUGGACCCGGCUUUUGAAUUGUUGUCCGCCUGGGAAUUGCGCUUUGUGGUGGAUGGUGCCGAACCCGAUGAAACGCUAGUGUGGGGCCGAGAAAUGCUCAAGAAUUACCGACCCGACAAUAUGUUUGGCGGAUAUGCCUGGCGUUAUUCCAACAUGGUCCGCUCCAAUGUGCGCUAUUGGUCAGGAGGUUUCAAGUAUGAUCAACCUCAUAUGCAGCAAUAUCAGAACAUUCUCAUGAAUGGUGGCGUCUGCGGCCGCCGUGCCUUCUUUGGACGCUUUAUUCUGAGAGCCUUUGGCAUCCCCACCACGGCACGGCCCAGUCGAGGGCAUGGUGCCCUCUGUCAUUGGACUCCCAACGAGGGUUGGGUCGUCAAUCUAGGUGGUGGCUUUGGGUGUGGAUGGACCAAAACGCGUUACGUCAAUUGCGGCGACUUUUACGUUACUACCCAAGCCCGGAACAACGCAGAAGAUUACUGGAAAGUCAAACGGGCCCAAUGGAUUGGUGAUGUCAUGGAAGAAACAAGAAUCUAUGGUGAACACGACGGUGCAGCCGAAAAGAACCUUGGCUUUUGGUAUAAGCUGUCCUUGGAGACACAAAAAGCAAUCAUCGAGGCGUUUCCCAAUAAAAAGGCGCCACCUCGAACGCUCACUGGCGAUCACAAGCCAACCAUUGCAGAGAAGAUCCAAGCGGAGAAGACGCCACCCUCGCAGGUUCGAUACGAAGAUGGUGGAGUCAUCAAGAUACCCGCCGAUGCCUUUAUCAAUCCACGACAGACCAAAGACGUCCAAGUCAUGAAGAGCUUUCUAUUUGGAGGCAAUCAGAUCUACCUGCCUGAAUUCUCAACGCAAGGCCUAUCCGUGCUCCGUUCGAGCACCUGGAAGUCGGAUCCGCAAGGAUGUCGCUCUGGCUUUCGGCUCAAGAGUGGUGGCUACGGCCAAUACCAUGAUUGGGGGUUUCGUGUCGCCAUCACUGGUGUCGAUGCCUCUAGUAGUUGUCCCAAUGAAAGCAUGACAGUGGACCUUGCGCAUGAUGGCAAAGUCAUGAUGGAUUUUGUCUACAUCAAGCCGGGAACCUUUGUCAUGGGCGGCGAGAAUGAGACAGACGACCGAUUCCUUUGUGUUGAAGUCCCCAAGCACGAGGUGACCCUCACGAGAGGCUUUUGGCUUGGCAAGUACCCCGUGACGCAGGCCCAGUAUGAAAUCAUCAUGGGCUCCAAUCCCAGCAAAUCAACAAAGGAUCCUGAUUGUCCUGUGGAUAAUAUCGGCGAGGGUGAUGCACUGGAGUAUUGCGAGAAGCUCGUCGAAACCAUUGGCAAGGACUUUCGCCUGCCUACCGAGGCCGAGUGGGAGUACGCUGCUCGUGGAGGUCAAGGUGACACAAGGUUCUUUUUUGGUGACGACGAAUCCUUGCUGGGAGAUUACGCCUGGUUCAAUGGCAACUCCGACGGCAAAUCGCAUCCAGUGGGGCAGAAGAAACCCAACCCCUUUGGUCUCUACGACAUUAUCGGCAAUGUAUUGGAACGCUGCUCCGACAGGUACGACAAGGACUAUUACAAGAACAGCCCCUCGGUUGACCCAACAGGACCUCAACAGGGAACCAAAUCGACCUUUGAAUACAAGAUCAACGUCCCACAGGCCGGCAACUACCUCGUAGAGGCAGAGGUGGUUACCGCGAAUGCAAAGCAACGAUUGAACGUGAUGGUGAAUGGCGAUGAAGCCUCAACUGCCGUCAUAAACAUGCCUUGUACGAAUGGCUACUGGCAGGAUUCUGAGACCGUGACAAUUGCCUUGAAGCAGGGUGAAAACACUCUUCGGUUCUUGCGUGACAAGCCACCGCAGCUGGGAAUUUCCAUCAAGGGUUUCACCGUCAAGCCAGCAAAUUAGAAAGUGAUGGUGCACAUGACAAUCUUAUCCAGGACAGCGAAGGAUUUUGGCUUCCAUGAUCCGGAGACACACGGAGGCACAAAACAGACUGAUUGAUUGAAAGAAGUUGUGCCCACUAUAGUUUUACAUGUAGUUAAACGACCAUUUCACUCUAGCUCAUGAUGCAAAUUUC